AUGCAGAGCGGUGGACUAUCGCAAGCAGCUGGCGACCAAAGCAGCGCUCCAGCCACCGGCGGAGUGAAGAAGCCCCAUUGCUACCGACCCGGCACCGUGGCUCUGAGGGAGAUCCGGCGCUACCAGAAAUCCACCGAGCUGCUCAUCCGCAAACUUCCCUUCCAGUGCCUGGUGUGGGAGAUCGCCCAGGACUUCAAGACUGAUCUGCACUUCCAAAGUUCAGCUGUCAUGGCUCUGCAGGAGGCCAGUGAAGCUUACCUGGUGGGGCUCUUUGAGAACACCAACUUGUGUGCCAUCCACGCCAAGCGGGUCACCACCAUGCCCAAAGACAUCCAGCUGGCUCGGCGCAUCCGCGGGGAGCGUGCCUAAACCCGACCUUGGCACAAAGCACAACAAACUACAUCACAGGCACAACCCUCUCCACAAUCAGUCGUAUCGACAGGAGGCUCAUCAUCCAUCAUCUAAAAU